CCUUCAGGUGGAAGCAGGGGCGCUACCAUUUGGAAACUCGGGCACUGCCCGAGGGCCCAGGGUCAGUAGGGGGCCCCAUGAGAUUCCCCGGUACCUUUUUCAUAGGCUUUUUUGAGUUUGGGCAAGGACACAGGGGCCCCAUGAUCCCCUAUUGCCUGGGGGCCCAUGAGUUGUCAGUCCGCCUCUGGUAAGUGCCGGCAGUCAGUGCCACCCAUCAGUGCCCAUCAGUGCUGCCUAUCAGUGCCCAUCAGUGCCUCCUAUCAGUGCCCAU